UUUUUGUUUCAUAUUUUUUUUUCCAGUGUCAAUUUGUUUUAUGUAAGGUUGUGAAAAAUAUUUAUAUGGUUGUCAAUCAAGAUCAGUUUAACCUUAAAAAAGAUAUCAUAAUGCUGUCAUAUAUAUUUUAUUUUAUUAUUAUUUGCCAAUUUGGAAUUCCAUUCGUCAAUUUAUUAGAAACGGAUGUCAUCUAUGAAGGACCUAAAUAUUUAGAGGAAGGUAAAAUUCUUCAAAUUUCAUGCAUAUUAUCACGAUAUCUUUGGCCACAAUGGUCGUUUAACAAUCAACGAUUGGAUGAAAUCGAAGAUUCAAGAAUAGAAUUAAGAUUUGAAAAUGGCCGACAAUCAUCGAUCGAUCGACGAGAAAUUUUAAUAAUCGAAAAUGUUAGCUUAAAUGAUGAAGGAUUCUAUAGAUGUAAUCAACAUUCGAUUAGAGUACAUUAUGUUCAUGUUCUUCCCAAAUUUCCUUUUAAUCAUUCUAAUAUAUCGCCAUCGAGAUUAGUCAAAAUUAUGCAAAAAGAAUUUGAUAAUGUCGAAUUGGAAUGUCAAUCUGAUCACUAUAAUCAACGAUAUUCUCCUGUCAAUUGGAGCAAAAAUGGCCUUCCAAUCAAACGAGAAGAUGGUCGUCGUAUUCAACAUGAUAACCGUUUGAUCAUUUAUAAUGCAACCAGUGAAACUGAUGCAGGACAAUAUUAUUGCCAACUUACAAUCAACAGCAUUGAUAUUGAACUUAUCAAAAAUUCAGGACAAACAAUCGAACUACGAGCUGCAAUAAAUGUGAAACCAUUUUCAAUGAAUGUAAUUCGUCGAAAGGAAAACGAUAGUCUUUCAAUGAUUUGUAAUUACAGUGGUCAUCCAAAAGGAACAAUAAAAUGGAUGAUAAACAAUAACACUUUAUCAUCAUCAUCAUCAUUAUCAUCAGAGAAUGGAAUUCGUUUUGAUCAAAGUGAACAACCAAACGAUAUGAUAAUCAUUGAUCGAUUAAAACGUCAGAAUUCCGGCAUCUUCAAAUGUCAAGUGGAUAAUAUUUGGACAAGUGAUCAGAAAUCUUUUCAAUUAAUUGUUGAUGAUAAUUCCAUCGAUAUGGAUGACAAAGAAAUUCUUAUAGAAAGACGAGAAUUAAGGAUUCCUUGUCGGCUUUCCGAUUCGAUUCCCAUACGACAAGAUGAACCUACAUGGUAUAAGGAUAACGUAAAACUAAAUGUAAACUAUAGAAACAAUGAUGAUGAUGAUGACGAUGAUGAUGAACAUGACAAUGAUAGUAAUGAAAACGAUAGUGAUGAAAGUCGAAUAUAUAUAGAAAAAAUUUCUGAUAGACAAUGGGAUCUAGUCAUCGAUAAAGCCAAACUAAAUGAUAUUGGUGAUUAUAAGUGUAAAAUCCAUAAUUCAGAGGCUAUAACAAAAGUUAGAACCAAGCCUUUGUUACAUCAAUUUGAAGAAUUAGAUGCUGAUAAUUUUAAAUCUGCCAAUUUGGUGGAAGGCGAUCGUCUUUCACUUCGAUGUGCCCUAAUUGAAGGUUACGGCAAAGAUGCAAAAAUACAAUGGCUCAUGUAUGGUGAAUUUGAAGGACCGGAUAAUGAACGUGAAAUCAACGUAUCGGAUACUAGAAUUUCCAUCCAAAAUAAUGAAACAGCACAAGAAAGUGUGCUCACAAUUGAAUCAGUAGUGCCGCAAGAUCGAUAUUUUUAUGUUUGUAAAGCGACAAAUGAAAUAACCGAUUAUAAUAACACCAUAUUACUUCGAGUCAAAGAUAAAUAUGCCGCAUUAUGGCCGUUUCUCGGCAUAGUUGCCGAAGUGCUCAUACUUUGUAUUAUAAUACUUGUCUAUGAAAAAAGAAAAGAUGAGGAUGAAUUAGAAAGUUCAUCUGAAGAUGAAAAUAAUGAUCAAAAUAAUGAUGAAAAAAAUGAUGAAGAAAAUGAAAAAAUUCAUUCGGAUUCUGACCAAAGACUAGAAGAGAAACCUGAAAGUGAAAACAAAUCCACUUUGGUUGUCAAAUCUCCUGAGGAAGAACCAUUGGAAGACAUAAAAACCGUUGAUAAAAAUCAAAUUAAAAUUGAAGAUGGUAAUGCGGUAAAGGAAAAAAAGAAAAGCAUAUUUGUCCAUGUCGAUCGACCAGAAAAAAUACAACAAGCUCGUCAACGAUUGCCGAUAUUAUCGGAAGAGCAUAACAUUAUGGAUGCAAUCAUGCAUAAUCAAGUAGUCAUAAUUUGCGGCGAAACUGGCUCUGGUAAAACUACACAAGUUCCACAAUUUCUUUAUGAAGCUGGUUAUGCGACCAACGGUAAAUUGAUUGGUGUAACUGAACCACGACGAGUAGCUGCCAUUUCAAUGUCUAAACGUGUUGCCUAUGAGCUUAAUAUGAGCGAACAAGAAGUAUCCUAUCAAAUUCGUUUUGAAGGAAAUGUUAGUGAUAAAACCCGAAUAAAAUUCAUGACUGACGGUAUAUUGAUGAAAGAAAUUGAACGAGAUUUAUAUUUGACUAAAUAUUCUGCAUUGAUCAUCGAUGAAGCGCACGAACGUAGUCUUUAUUCUGAUAUUUUGAUUGGCUUUCUUUCUCGUAUCGUUCAGGUUCGACAUAAAAAGGGUGAUCCAUUGAAGCUGAUUAUUAUGUCGGCCACGUUACGUGUGGAAGAUUUCACUGAAAAUAAACACUUGUUUAAGAAUCCUCCACCUGUCAUAAAAAUUGAUUCUCGUCAAUAUCCAGUUACAAUUCAUUUCAGUAAAUAUACAAAUCCAAAUUAUAUACAGGAAGCAUUCAAAAAAGUUUGUAAAAUUCAUUCCAUCUCACAACCGGGUGGUAUUCUUGUUUUUGUUACUGGCCGUACAGAAGUUUUAUCUCUUUGCCGAAUGUUGAAAGCUAAAUUUCCUAUUACUCAUCGAAUUGAUCGAGAAAAGCAAAACAAUAUGACUAAAGCCAAUGACGAAAACAAUGAACAAAUAAUUGAAAAAUCUAUUGAUGAUAUGAAUUCAAAAUUGAGAAUCAAUCUAGACGUUUAUUCCAUAGAUCCGGUCGAAACAAGCGAAAAAAUUAUUGAUGGUCUUGAUUUAUAUGAUAAUGAUUCAAAUGAUGCUGAUGAGAAUGAAAAUAACAAUGAUAACGAAGAAGACGAGGAUAUUACCGAAGAUCUAGGAUUUUUAACAACAACAGAACCAUUAUAUUGUUUGCCAUUGUAUUCAAUGAUGCCCAGUAAGAAACAAGCUAUGGUAUUUCAGCCACCACCUGUUGGAUGUCGUCUUUGUGUCAUUGCGACGAAUAUAGCUGAAACAUCAUUAACUUUACCUAAUAUUAGAUACGUAAUCGAUACAGGAAAAGUUAAAAAUGUCGUCUAUGAUCGUAUGACUAGUGUUUCGACAUUUGUCAUAGAAUGGACAUCAAAAGCAUCUGCUGAUCAACGUUCUGGUCGAGCUGGUCGAACUUCGGCCGGAUAUUGUUAUCGUCUUUAUUCAUCAGCUGUAUUCAAUGAUCAAUUCAAACAGUAUUCUGAACCAGAAAUUCUGCAGAAACCAAUCGAUAAUUUAUUGUUACAGAUGAAAGCUAUCGGUUUUGAAAAUGUAAUAAAUUUUCCAUUUCCUACUAAACCUAAUCUGGAAGCUUUAGUCGCAGCUGAAAAACUAUUGAAUCAAUUGGAUGCUCUCGAAACAAAAACAUUAAUCAUAAAGAAAAAUAAAAAGAUUGAAAGAUCAAAUAUAACAUGGUUCGGACGAUUAAUGUCAUACUUUCCAGUUUCACCACGUUUCAGCCGAAUAUUAUUAUUGUCAACACAAGCUGAUCUUGUUCCGUUGGUAGUCACUUUGAUUUCUUUGUUAACUGUACAAGAACUUUUCAUUUCUGAUGUAUCGAAAGAAAUCAAACAACGACGUGAAAGCUGGUUCUUUUCACAUCCAUUCUGUCAAAUAUUGGGUGAUAUUUGGACAUUGUUAAGUGCGUUUGGUUCCUCUCAUUAUCAUGGAUUUAGUGAGAAAUUCUCUCUUUCGCAUGGUCUACGUCAUAAUGCCAUACGUGAAGCAGAAAAACUUCGUUUACAAUUAUUGAAUCAACUUCGAUUGAUAAUGAAAAAUCAGACUCUUUCUCCAGAAUUAUCCGUACCGAAUGAAAUCCAGGUCAAGAUGUUGAGUAAGCUAUUUCUUUCAGGUUUUAGCGAUCACAUUGCUAGACGCAUACCGUUCACUAUGGUCACUGUACAAGAUGAACACGGAGAUGUUCGUAAAGUUCAAAAAUCUAUACGUAAUUGUUAUCAAUCAAUCGAAGUUGAACAAUAUGUAUUUAUUUCUCCUAAUUCGGUUUUGCUCAAUCAGACAAACGACUUUGUCGUCUAUCAAGAGAUAUUUGAAUCAUCCGAUUCUGGUAAGAUGUACAUGAGAAAUGUUUUACCCAUUCAAAUGGAAUGGCUGGCGAUCUAUGCACAUAAACAUUGUACUUUUUCGAAUCCAUUGGAGGAUCCACCUCCAAGAUAUGAUCCAGAUGAUGAUUGUAUCAAAUGUCAUCGCAAAUCAACAUUUGGACCACACAGUUGGGAAUUGCCAGCCAUUGAAGUGGAUUAUCCUGAUGGUCUGGACAAAUAUUGCCAUUUUGCAUAUUUUUUAUUUAAUGGUUUGGUAAUCCCUUCAUUAAAAGAAAAUUUGCCGUACCUGUCUUCACCUGCAAUUUUAUUCAUCAAAUCAUGGGCAAUGGUACAACCAAAAGUGGAUAACGUAAUCAAAUGUUUGAUAAAUAAUCAAAUCGAUUGUAAGCGUGUCUUAAUAGCCAAAUGGACUGCUAACUCUAAAUUUUUACUAAAAGAAUAUUUGGAAUGGAUUGAUGAUGGUCAUAAAGAUAAUGUUCGUAAUUGUUGGCCGCCCUGUUGAUGAAAUCACUAUGCAUACCUUUAAGGCUUAAUCAUUGAUUGUGUCUCAUGAUCAAAAUCAACGAU